AUGAAGCUCAACCUACUCAUCAUGUGCCUGGCCUCUGUGUCCGACAUAGUCCACUUGGGUGAUCUAACCAUAGAUCUUCAACUUACACGCCAUGCCGGGGCUCUAACAUAUUUUAAGACAAAUGUGUCCUGCAAGCCAGACGAAUACGGUGGUGUUCGGAAGUCUGAUCUUAAGAGGCCAAUCAACUACCUUGAAAGAAGCUCCUUCAUACUUGAUUUCAAAAAUGGUUGCUCUGUCGUGGCUGCGUGGAAGGCUUCUAUGCCAUGA